GUGAGCUCGUGCGCAUGUGGCGAGCGCGUCUGGUCCUGUCCCACACGGCGUUCGCCUCCGUGCCUGGCCUCUGCCGCCUCUCCUCCGCGCGCAUACGUUCUUCCAGAGUGCAACCGCGACGCCUACUAUUGUCGCAGUACACGAACGCGAACGACUCGUUUGGACGUGUCAAACAAUUUCUUGGCCCGAGUCCAUCAUCCAGCACGCCUUUCAUUCUGAUUGUUCCUCAUGGUUGUUGCUCCUUUGUAGGCAUGCUCUCUUACGUGUCUUGUGUAGCGAAACCGCUGGCCAAGUCCUCGCUAUCUCAGCAUCCACGAAACCCGGAUGGUGGAAUGCGUUCAAAGGCCGCAUCGCCAACCUGCGUCAUGCCUCGCCCGCGCACAGGCUUAAGGUCAGCGCGCACCCCGAUGACGACACAAGCCGUGGUCUAAGAUAAGUAUUCAGUAAACGACACCGAGCAUACACGCGUUCUGUUCAUAUGUAUUUGUACGUACGUAACUAUUCAGCGUAGAGAAUUACAGCAUAGUCGUCGCCCGCACGGGGUAUCGGUUUCAUAUAAAUAUCGAACAGACACAUCGGGCGCGCCAUUAAGUGCGGGAUUGCACGCGAGCGAGACAGGUAGUUAGCUAGCUAGUGGAUGAGGUAGUUGUAACACAGAACAGAAAGAAAGAGACAAGGGAGCCUAUACACCACACAGACAGAACAAAGGACGGGAACAGUCACAGAAUCGGGAAGAAAUUGCAUGAGAAACGAGAGAACGCAUCUUGAGUUUCACUGAGAUUAGUUUGACGAGUAAGAUAGGCGUGAGCCCUUCUUGCCGUAAGAGAGGCCAUUUGCUGCAACCCUCGUACAAUAGUAAG